AAACAAUCCAGCACAAGGGCGCCAUUCUUUCUUUUUUUUCUCGUUUUCUGGUUUGGCCGUUUACUUGUUUCUUUUCCAAUGCAGCAAACGGAGUGAAAAAUAUCAUAAAUACACCUUUUCUUGUCCAGAAAUGCAAAACAUCGCACAUAAGCCGGGAGAUUCUGCCCAAGGUUCACUCACGUCGCCACUCCCGACUAAUGCAAAACCCCAUGUCUCGUCUUUAGGAUCGUGGUCUCAUUUGAUCGCUGGCGCCACAGGUGGAAUGGUCACAGCGAUUCUCACAAGCCCACUCGAUGUCCUACGAACUAGGUUGCAAACAGACUAUUAUCGAACCCAGGGAGCUCAAAUUCGCCCGGUUCCCGCACAGCCCCAUCUGCGCCCAUCAUUUUAUCGCACCUCCAUUCUUCAUUUCCGCGACACAUUCGACAUUCUCUUCUCCAUUCAUCGCGUAGAAGGAUGGCGAGGUCUUUUCAAGGGCCUCGGACCCAGUCUGACUGGUGUUGUUCCGGCCAGCGCGGUGAAAUUCUACACCUACGGAAACUGCAAACGGAUUCUACCGGAGAUCAUAGGAUGUGAGAAGGACUCAUCCCUCGUACAUGCUAUGUCUGCUGCAUGUGCUGGAAUCGCCACCGGUUCGGCCACGAAUCCCAUCUGGGUGGUCAAGACGCGACUCCAGCUCGAUAAGGCUGGGGCCCGGCGAUACAAGAACAGCCUGGACUGCGCCAGACAGGUCAUACAGCAGGAGGGACCGAAAGGUCUUUAUCGGGGUCUCUCUGCGAGUUUCCUCGGUACGAUUGAGACGACACUGCACCUUGCGAUGUAUGAGAAGUUUAAGGGAAUGAUCUCAAAGAGAAUUGACCUGGAUGAUAAAAGCGGUGAUACGAGUGGGUUUGUUCAGGGCCUUGCUAUGAGUGGAGCUUCGGGUUUGUCGAAGUUCAUCGCGUGUUUGAUUGCAUACCCUCAUGAGGUCAUCAGAACAAGGUUACGACAGGCUCCCAUGGCGGACGGUCGCCAGAAGUAUACCGGGAUCGUCCAGUGUGCGCGGUUGAUGCUGAAAGAGGAGGGCGCGGCGGCAUUGUAUGGCGGUUUGACGGCGCAUCUUCUUCGGACCGUUCCUUCUGCUGCUCUCACAAUUGGUACCUAUGAGCUGGUCCUCAAGGUCCUGGAGCGUCGGUAGGCUCGUGUUUGAUUGAGGUCCAGGCCUCCAAGUUUCCCGUCUCAUGUAUUAUAGAUGUAUGAUAGACCAGGUGCAACGAUACCUUGUAAUAUAAUAACGACACUAGAUAUAAAAAGCCCAAUAUCAGAG